GAUCCAUCACACCUGUCACCACCACCUCUGUAAGAGAUGCGGCAUAAUAUAUUUCACUCCCCUGUAGUCACUGAUAGGUCACCACCACCACCACAACCUUCACAACACAACACAACACAACAAGAACUAGAUUCAUUUCCCUCUGGUCGCUGGGAUGCAUGCAAGUGUAGUUGUGGUGGUAGCAGUGGUAGCUGUGGUUGGAGCAAGAGAAAUCACCCUGCCACACAACCACACCAGCCAAUUACUUCAUAAAGUAAAAGAUGGGAACGUCUGGAACUCUGUGUUAAAUGUCCUUCAGCACUUCGAGGACAAUCUUCCAAAAAUAAAGGAGAAUUUCACCUUCACUCUUCUACGUCUUCUGGGCAUCACCGACGAGCGUAUACUCAGGGAUUAUAAAUAUUUGAAGACGAGGGUUCAAGAAGCGGCUACAGAACUCACUUCGGAGGAGAAAGUCAGGCUUGAGAAUGCUGUCACAAAUAUUUUGCAGAUGAUAAAUGAUGAUAAUGUUAACCUACAUUCCUGCCUGGAAGAUUUGCACACUGUAAAGACAGUCCUGAACCCCCACCUUGACGAAACUUAUCAACAGUCUCUUGACAGUCUUGAAAAGAUGAUCAUCAGAAUUACAAAGUUCUUUAGAAUGGUGUGAGUGGCAUAUAUGAACAGGACAAUCCUGCGAAACGGGGAAGAUGUCAGUCCUGUAGCUGAUGCAUCUUAAUUGGAGUAUCAUUUCUUACCUAACAUUUGGAAGAACAAAAUUUAAUAAAAUUUAAGAUAAUAAUUAA